AUGAAUUACUUGCGGAGGCGCCUCUCUGAUAGCAGUUUUGUGGCGAAUUUACCCAAUGGUUAUAUGAUGGACCUGCAGCGACCUGACAAUUCAGUCAGCUCGCCAGUGUCCCCGGCCACGGAACGCCGUCAGUCACCGGCCCCCUCCACUGGCAACACGAUCCUCAGCUCCAUCUCCAAUGCCGUCAAGCAGACCACGGCGGCCGCUGCAGGAUUGGUCGACCAAACAGGAACACCAGCUGCCACCAGUCCUACCCCUCCUGCUGUCCGAAAGCCGAAAAUCCUCUUGGUGAUCGAUGACCCUCACACAGACUGGUCCAAGUAUUUUCGUGGCAAGAAGGUUCUGGAAGAAUACGAGAUACGUUUGGAGCAGGCAGAGUUCUCAGAGCUGAAUCUGGCCGCCUACGUCAACGGGGGAUGUAUGAUUGAUAUGCAGCUGAUUCGGAAUGGAACCAAGGUGGUCAGGUCAUUCAAACCAGACUUUGUUCUCAUUCGUCAGCACGCGUACAAUAUGGCCCAAGGUGAGGACUUUCGUAACCUUAUCAUCGGCUUGCAGUAUGGUAGAGUGCCUGCGCUUAAUUCCCUCCAGUCCAUCUACAACUUCUGUAACAAGCCCUGGAUGUUUUCCCAGCUGAUAAAGAUCUCGCACACUCUGAGUCCAGAAAAGUUCCCACUGAUUGACCAGACUUUCUUCCCCAACCACAGAGAGAUGCUCACGAUUCCCAAAUUCCCUGUGGUUGUAAAGAUGGGCCACGCUCAUGCAGGCAUGGGUAAGGUAAAAGUUGAAAAUCAUUACGACUUCCAGGAUAUAGCGAGUGUCGUGGCCCUCGCGAAAACCUAUGCAACCACAGAACCUUACAUUGAUUCCAAGUACGACAUCAGAAUUCAGAAGAUUGGGAACAAUUAUAAAGCAUACAUGAGGACUUCAAUUUCAGGAAACUGGAAAGCAAACACUGGCUCUGCUAUGCUGGAACAAGUGGCCAUGACAGAACGCUAUCGAACAUGGGUGGAUGCCUGUUCGGAGAUGUUUGGUGGCCUGGACAUCUGUGCGGUAAAAGCUGUGCAUGGGAAAGAUGGGAAGGAUUACAUCAUUGAGGUGAUGGACAGCGCCAUGCCUCUCAUUGGAGAAUACAUAGAAGAGGACAGACAGCUAAUAGCAGAACUGGUCAUAGAGAGAAUGAACCAGCUUCUGUCCAACAACCCUGCAGCAUCCCAGCAACAUGCCGGAAUAACUCUGAGCCAGGUCCAGCCUCCUUCGACAAAAACUCCAAUGCAUCCUCCAGCAGGAAACACUUCCCAGCGGGGGCAGACAGCUCAAGCACGUCCACCACCACAAGGAAGCCCACGACAACCGCAGAGUCCCCAGAUACAGCGUUCCAACACGGCGCCCCACCAGAGGCCUUCCCCGCCAGGUCAGCAGUGUCAGAGCCCACAGUCCUCCACAGGCCAGCAGGAUAAAUCACCGGGAUCGGGCUCAGCUUCCCCAAAACAGAUCAGAUCUGCCGGCACCUCUCCCAGCCAGUCAUCCAAGCCAGGAGGCUUCUCUACGCUGCAGGCCAGGCUGCCCACUCAAGGCCAGGCACUGCCUCAGCCAGGGUCGGGGGCAGCAACACCACAGCAGCAACCCAGCGCAGCGCCACAGCCACUGCUCAACAAAUCCCAAUCCCUGACAAACAGCUUCAGUGUUGCUGACACCCCUCAGCACGCCGCUGCCAGUGAAGACGAAGCAAAAGCAGAAACAAUUCGAAACCUGAGGAAAUCCUUUGCAAGCCUCUUCUCUGAUUAACUCUGCGAUAUUUUAAUUUCUCAGUUGGUGGGAUAGAUAUUUAAUGCUGUGGAAAUGCAGGCAACUGCCUAACUUCUGAAAGUUUAAUGGGAAAUGGAGAUGGAAACAUCUGGACUGUAGGAUGCAACCACCCUUACAUGGUUAAGAGGGUGUUUCAUUUCAAUUUGUGGAUAGAAGGCUGUAAAAUGAGGUAUGGUUUUCCAGCCAGGUUGAGGCAAAAAUCCUGGAAUGUCGGGUGUGUGCAGGUGUAACUAUGUGUGGUGUGAAUAAUGUGCACUUUAUCUCGCAAUGCAGUUGUUGAAUGUCUUAUGGAAUGAUGCUACCAAUCAGAGAAUCACCAUUUAUUUGGAAUAAGAAAUAAAACAUUUACAAAAUAGACUGGUAAUGAAUUCCUAAUAACCAAUCUAGUGCAGCCACAGAUCCAUCUAAAUUCCUUCCAUAUUCUCUAAUAUUUCAGUUUUAUGCUGAAUUUGAAAUCCUUUCUAGAAGCCCUAAUUUUAUAUCUCUCCUGAUUCUGUUUCUAUUCAGUCCUGGAUCCUUUUAUUUCUCUUUUUAUAUUAAUUGAUAAUUUUUCUCAGAGAGUACAAUAGAUCUAAAGGAAAAAUAGGCCAAUGCCAUGAUAGCUUUGAUCUCUGGUGUCCCUUUUUAAUUAGGAAAUACCAAAGAAGAAUUUCUCCAGAAUGCAUGGUACUUCAGAAAUGAUUAUCAAUCACGGCAGAAACUCAUCAACAAUUUUCCAUCUCUAUUGAUGUGUCAAACUCUCCAGAUCAGUGGUGGCUUCUUCCAUCUGCAAUUAGCAAUCCCCUAUAGUGUUGCAUUCCCCAUUCAAAUGGAGCUAGACAUUAUCCUCAUUUCGUCUCAUCCAGUCACACCAUCUGGAAUAAUUAAAGUAAAUUCUGAUACUAGUAGUAACACAAGAGAUCAGCAUUGCAAAUUUUGCCCUUACUGUGAUCAGUGAUAAUCAGUCAUAAUUUACUCUGAAAGUUAAUUUAAAGCAACCAGCAAGUUGACAUUACUAUGUUUUUUUUCUCUAUAUAUAUUUCACAAGGAAUGGUAAAAUACUGAACAUCAGUAAAAAUACUAUAGAUGUUGGAAAUCUUAAAAGAGAUCUGGAAACCUUCAGGUUGGACAAUGUCUGUGAAAAAAGCAACAGAGUUAAUUUCUCGGGUUGAAGACCUUUGGAGGUCUUUAACCCUGACAUUAACUCUGUUUCUUCUGCCACUGAUGCUACCUGGCCUGCAUGUGCUUCUCCCAUUUUCUUUCAUAAACUAUUGGACAGUUUCAACUAGCUCCAGCAGGAUAAGACGAUUAAAGGCUUUUGAUUGGGAUUAUCCAUUUCAAAUUGUCCUGGCAAAACUGAGGAAUGAACGUAAGACAUGUUUUAUUUUGUCUUAAAGCAUAGAACACUUAACCAAGAGUAGUUGAGAUAAACCUGAUGGAUCCUUUCAAGCAAAUUGGAUAAUAUUUUGAAGCCAAAUAACAUAUUGAUUAUGGUGAGAGAUUAAGGCAGUGAGAUUACUUUGGAUUGCCCCAACCACAAGCCAAUUAAAGUACACUAAUUCAAUGCUAAAAUUUUAUUUGAUUCAUACAAGUACAAGGCUUCUUUGAACCUUAGAUUUCUUUAAUGCAAAAUAAAUGCAUCACAAACAGUGGAAUCAAACUAGAAGUUAGUAGUUUGAUGUUUGAGUUAUGCAAUAAAAACAUCAAAGCAUUUUGGGGUAUAAAUGUUAACAUUUGGUAAUUGUACAAGACAGGCGAUAUCGUAUUUUCUUUUUCAUAGACUAACCCUGAGUUCAGCUACAAAUCAGUACUGUACAACAAAAAACUAGAUGGGAAGUACUGUCAGGUUUUGAGACUGAUGGGAAAUACCAUAUUGGCAGAUAAUUAAUUCAGGCUUGAUUACAUCAGUAUGACCUUUAGAAAAAAAAACUAUCAUUUCAUAUCCAAAGCAGAAACCCCCAACCAUAUGAUGGAUCUAAUGCUUUGCACACAAAAUUAUUUCAAAUGCUUAGAAGAGGUUUUUCAUUGUUGACUGUUAACAGUUAGCAUAAGGAAAUAAAACUGCAAAAUGAUCACAUGGGAUAGUUGUUGCAGAGCCCUUAAUGUAUAACAAAAUUAUCAGCAGGAAACCAAAUUGCUAGGUCAGAGGUUCCCAACCUGGGGUCCAUGGACCCCUUGCUUAAUGGUGUUGCCCCAUGGCAUAAAAAAUGUUGGGAACCCCUAUGUUAUUUUACUCAUCUUGUUUAGAUUUACGUCCUAUAAUAGCUGCAAUGCAAUAGACUUCAAGCCUUUUUGAAGUAUUGCUUCAUACUAGGCAGGUUUGUAUAUAGUCUUUAUUUUACUUCAGUAGAUUAAAACAACAAUAUCAUUGAGAGAUACAAGAUCCGCUGAAAAGGAUUGGCAAGGUAGAUGCUAUAUGGCUGUUUCAUCCUGGAUAGACAGUCUAGAAUCAGAGGCAAUAAUCUCAGGAUAAAGGGUUGACUAUUUAGGACCAAGCUGUCCUAAUUUCAAUUCCAUAUGAAAUUUCUUGAUGUGUAUACCCAGUAUAUUUAAAGCUGAGUUCAAUAUGUUUGAAAGCUAAGGGAAACAGAUAAUGAAAAUUGGCUAGGCAGGGUGGGAGAAUCAGGUGGCAAAUUAAACUUCAAGCACACUACUAACCCUGCUCUUAUUGAAUGGUGGAACAGGGACAGGAGAUGCUCUUGUUUCUACAGCACUUCCUUUGUCUGAUCAUCAUGGGAAGCAUUUUAAGUUGAUGCACUAAUUCAAUUUCUGAUGAUCCAGAACCUAAUACUCAUUCUCUUGCCCAUUUGACCUCCUUUGAGAUCUGAAGAGAAAGAUGUAAUGCAUACAAUUCAGUAACCCACUGGUGCCACUAAUUGUCUGGGCCAGGCUAAUGUUAAUAACUUCCUGCUGCCUUUUUCUUUUCCUUUAAAAGCCUGCAUUCACGCACAUACUCCCCACGGUCGGUGUCUGUAUUCUGCUCAUUCGUCAGCUUCAUUCUAUGCGCCCUUGUACCCUAUUUUUCUGACUGAUUCAGGGCCCUAUUAAAACUGUUUUCUACUUCAAAUGAAUACUCCCAGCUGACUCAGAUGUCAAUUCCAGGACAAAUUUGCACAGAUAUAAUCCUGAAGGAGCUAUUCAAAAUGGCUGUCCUCAUGGGGAAAUCUUUCGUCCAGAGUUCUCCAGAUAAUUGAAGUUCCAGGGAGCAGUGAAAGAAGAUUAAGAAGUUUGCUGAAGAGGUAGAAGGGAACUGGAAUAGUGGGGAGAAAGUAAGUGGAGAUGAGAAACUGAAGAACAUAAAGAAGGGUGGGUGGGAGGAAGAGAAUCUUUUGCAGAAUUACCUGAAUGCUGUACGCAGUUUGAUUUGGGACUGAGUUGAUAAAUUAGUAACUUUGUUGAACUUUGGGGAUUCCCUAUGGAAGUAGGACUCUUGGUUUUCCAUUGAUAAAAUGAAUUCUGAAACUCAAUGCAAACUGAUCAAAUCUGAAGAUAAUAUCACACUAGAAAGGACAGUAAAAUGGCCAUAUAAAAUUCAGUUGGUCAAAGAAGGUAGAAUAUGGCAAAUUGAUAAUAUUCCAAAGAAUCAUGAAGAGCUGCAAAUCUGAAGGAAGAUUUGAUGAUGCAUGGUACUCUUAUGAAUAAAGAUGAAGUUACACCUCCACCUUCUGUCAAGAAGGCUUUAAAGGCCUCGGCUUCCUUCUGCAACAAAGAUCCAACCAAAACGCCUUUCCACUAGUUGGAACUUGUUCUUACCAUGAACAGCUUCUCAUUUCCCUACUCUCACUUCCGAUAAAUCAAAGGUGUAGCGUUGGUCACUCACAUGGGCCCUAGCUAUGCCUGUCUCAGUUUUGGCUACAUGGAACAAUCCUUUUACAAACUCUCUCUGGUACCACUCCCCAACUCUCUCUCCAGCUGCUUCCUGCACCUAUGUAACACUUACCAGUUUUAUCAUCUUUGCUACUAAUUUCCCACUCUCAAGUUCACAUAGACAGUUUCUAACACUUCUCUCUCUUUUCUGAAUCAAUCUGUCUCCACUUCCAAAGAUAAGUUAGCCACUGACAUUUGCCAGGAACUCAUUGACUCCAUGGCUAACUGUUCUUCUCACCCGCUAGUACACCUUUACUCACCCCGUCUCUUGUAAGGAUACCAUCCUUUUCUCCCAAUUUCCAUCUUCUCUAUCUUCGCUUCAACUUCCCACAAGAUAAGGCAUUCCAUUCCAGAACAUCUGAAAUGUCUUCCUUUUUCUGGAAAUGUGGCUUGAUGAACCCCUUGCAUUUUCUCCAUUUCCUAGACUUUUACUUUCAACCAAUUUUCAAUCAGACAGACCAAAGACGGAGCUCCCCUAGUCCUCACCUUUCAUCCCACUGCCUUUUGCAUCCAGCUCAUCAUCCCUCAUAAUUUCUGAUGAUGUGCAACAUGACUCCACCCCACCAGCCAGAUUCCUUUCUGCCCUCUGUAGGGUCCACUCCCUCUGUGACUCCCUGGCCUGUCGUCCACCCUUCCCUGAACCUGCAACUACAAGAGAAGCAAGACUUUGCCAUUACCACCUGACUUGAACUCAUGAGCACCUCUUCCGAACUUGUCUACUGUUUCCGGUGCUCCAGAUGUGGCCUCAUAUUGGUGAGACCAAACACAGAUUAGGUGAGCUGUUUGCAGAGCACUGACUCUCUGUCCUGAGUUCCUAGUUGCAUGCCAUUUCAAUUUCUCUCUCCACUUGUGAUGGUUCUUGCACCCCACCCUUCUGGUCCCACUUUUCCAUACCACACCUGCAACCAGCCUCCCAUCACCCAUUUUUGACUUCUUCCACUUCUGCUUCCAUCAACCAUGUACCUCACCCACCAGAUACCCCCUGUAUUGCCUGGUUCUGGUUCCUUGUGCUUUAUACCUCUCCCCUAAUGUUUCUGAGUAUCACCUUUCUUAUCAGAGUACACCUUUGUGUCUCUGCUUAUCACCCUCCAUUUGAUUUCUACACCUCCAUGCUCUCCUCCCUACACCUGGCUCCAUAAACCUCCAAAGCAUGGAGAUGGCCCUUACCAAAACUGUCAGUGACUUUAGGUUCAGCAUUGUUUCCAACAAAGUCUCAGAUCUAAUUCUUCUACGUCGAAGUGCUGCCUUAGACACAAUUGACCACAACAUCUUCCUGGAGCACCUUGAGAACUGGGUCGGCCUCUCUGGUACUGCCCUUAAUUGGUUUUGUUCAUAUAUCUUAGAGAGAAAGUUUUUUGUUUGCCUUGGAAGCCAAUUUUAUAAGAGAUACGAUGAUCCUUUUGGUGUUGCUCAGGGAAGCUGUCUUGGUCCAAUAUUCUUCUCCUUACACAUGCUCCUAUAGGAAUCAUCGUUAGAGAGCACCUGCUUGAUUUCCACAGUUAUGUACAUAAUUGUACAUCUCAGUUGAGCUUAUGAUAACAACCUAUCUUUUCUGACUUUCAGUUUGGCUGCAAUAAACAAAUUAAUGAUCAAUAAUUUCCUUAAACUAAAUGAAGAUAAAACUGAAAUACUUCUGGUUGGUCCCAAAGUCAAAAGAGAUGAACUUCUCGAUAUUUGUCUCCCCCCUGUAAAAUCAGAAGUAACAAGACUGGGAAUUAUUUCAAAGCCUGAGACUUUUAAAUCCCACAUAGAGAAAGUGACCAGAACAGCAUUCCUACAUAAGAUAUAUUGCAAAAGUAUGUCCGCUUCUGCCACAUGAUGGUGCUGAAAAACUUAUUUGCACCUUUACAUCGAAUAGACUAGAUUACUGCAAUCUACUUUUUACUGGCCUUCCAAAGCAAACUAUUGACAAACUUCAACUCAUUCAGAAUGCCGCUGCUAGACUUUUAGCUAAAAAUAGGAUGAGGGAGCAUAUCACUCCUGUCCUAGCUACUCUUAAUUGGUUCCCUGCAUUUUUUAGAAUUGAUUUUAAAAUUCUCUUACUUGUCUUCAGAGCACUUAAUGGUCUGAGGCCAGAAUACAUCACAAAAUCAUUUACAUUCUAUAACUCUGCUUGAACUCUCAGAUCUUCAUCCGCUGGUCUCUUAAAUUUAAACAAAAGAUAAUUGGCAGGUCAGCUUUUUUGAACUAUGCUCCUGAACUGUGGAAUUCAAUACUUAAAACUACAAGGGAUUCAGACCCAUUUGACACUUCUAAAUCCAUCUCAGAUUCUAUUGUACUUACUUAACCCUUCUUUUAAGUCACAUCUUUUUGUCUUUUAUGUCCAUGGCAUUUUAUCACAUUAUAAAGUACAUCGCCUUAUGAAAAGGACUCUAUAAAUAAGUUAUUAUCUAUAGUCCACCUGCCACUGUCUCCAACUCCAACCCCCCUCCUACCCCUCCCCUUCCCAUUUUUGCACCUCCUUCCCAUCCUUCACCCUCUGUCUACUAAUCACAUUUUGCCCCUGUCCCACAACCGACUCCACACCAUCCCCUUUAUAUUGGCUCCUCUCCAAUCUCCAACCUCAGUCAAAUAACCAUAUUGUUCUGCUCACCAGCAAAUGAAAUGUAAUUUAAAUACUUGAGAUUGUAAACAGUCGACGUGCCAGCUUGUACUCCUUCCCCUCCCACCAGCUUCUUACUCUGGCUUGUUCCCCCUUCCUUUCCAAUCUUGGCCUGAAAACGUUUGCUCUUGUACAGGUGCUGCCUGAUCUGCUGGUUUCCUCCAUCAUUUUGUGUAUGUUGUUUAGGUCCCUAGUCAGUUAAGUGGAAAGGGAAGCACCAAGGUGAUCUUGUAGGGAUGCAGGAAAUAGCAGAUAACCUGGUAAAAUUAUCUUGGUAUGUUGUAAAUUGAGCUGCGAGUGGAAAUGGAGGGAUUAUGUCAAACUAAAUAAUAAUUGUCAGACUGUAAUUAAGGAAUUCCAACCGAGAAAGGGUGAUAAAAGUUUAGGAUAAACUUAUAAAUACAAUGCCAAUAGAAAUAUUAGAAUAAUUUAAGAAAGAGUUAGAAGCUGCAAUGGAUGGUGUUAGGAUGCAUCAGAGUGUAUUAACGAAUGAAAAAAAUAGCUUUCUCAUUAAUCUACAAUAUUUCUUGACAAGUAGCUUAAACUAGCUUCCAAAAAGCAUGUGCUGAGCUUCACUUAACUCACCUUAAUCUUUAUCAAUAUGUUUCAAAUGGUGCAUCAAAAGAGCACCCUCUUACAGGCAAUGUGAUAGCGAUAGAAAGACCAAUUUCUUUAUCACACAACCUGGCACAAGCACAAUAGCACAAGCCUGUAAUAUUGGGUAUGCAGAUUCCAGCAAUCAUGAAACAAAAUAUAGAUGAUUACUGCGGAAGCAAGUACAUAAAUGCAUUGUAAAAAUUACAAAUUUUAUAAGUUCAAAAAUCAGGAAAAUUAUUUUCACUAACAUUUCUCUUUUUUGGCAAUGUGAGGGGAACUAUGAGUUUAUACUCCACUUUGAAAUUUAAAAUAAUAAUAUAUUAAACAGUUAAAUGUAUAAAUCCAGCAUGUGUCAUUAAAAUAAUGGGAAUAGACUGUGAGCAGUAGUCAAAACCCAUCAAUAGUUCAAGGCGUAAUCCAAGCUAUCAGAAGGGUAUUUGAAGUGAGUUCAAAUAAAUAGGAUUCUCUCUACUAUUUGUCAUUUCUAAUUGUAGCAUGUCGAACAGAUCCUCGUAACAAUUGCUGGCUGCCAGAGGAUCAUCUUAAAUGUUUACUUUUCAUUGUUUUGCAAAUAAACAUCUCCCAAAACAUGUCGACAGAAAACCAACAGUGGCUCAGUGAGUCAAACUUGCAUGAUUGUCUUACAAUCAAAGUGCUGGCUGUUGUUUUUGUGAUGUAAUGCUUAUAUUAAAUUGUUUUUCCACCAUCCUUCACUGGAAACCAUUUUUGUCUGACUUCAGUUCCUCAAAGUAAAUGAUUGCUCCCUUGCUGUGAACCCAGACAGCUGGUCUUGGUUGGCUGUUUUCUCAAGAAGCUUCAACGAUUGGUAGGAAUAUUACAUACCUUCCACAUCCAGGACCCAAUUAUUAACUAAGGAGAAUAUCUUGGUCAUACACACUGGAUUCAAUGAUGAAGUACAACCUAUUGGAACGACAUCCCCCUGUAAGGUGCCACUUUACCAGAUUUAACAUUCAUCUCUGGGAUAUUGCUAGAAGCAACCCAGGAGAAGAGCCACAAUGAUAUUGAAAAAUUCCUGAUUUUUUUUUACAUUUUCAUUUGCCAGUAUUUGGAUAGUGGACAUGGGAUAAGUUGUUGUUUUUAAUAGUCAGAUAUCAUUGUUGAAUGGAAUUUCUUCUCUAAUCAGUUUGUGAAGGCAGGGAGGGUGGACGCUCAGCAGCAGGAUUGUAGGGUUGAGUUUGAUGACGUAUCUAGAAAUACGCUUUGUCAGAGUUGGAAGCUCACAUUCUGUGGAAGUCACCAGCCCGGGAAAUGAAGGUAACUCCCUUCUUUACUGAUGAUCCUCACUUUCUAAUAUAAUCGGUUAAACAAAUGGUUCAUUUUUGGUUUACUUGAUCGCUAUCAGAUUUAUCUAUUUUUUGAGAAGAUGUUCUUUUAGAUUAUCUAUACAUCACCCACCCUUGGCCAGAAUUAUUGGCCAGACAACUUGCUCCUGGGUCCUUCUUUAUCUCACCCUUCCUGCAGUGAUGUGGCUCAGACCUGCAUGUCUGAAGUGGGUGACAGAUACUUCUGAUAACAAUAAUGUACAGGCUUCAUGCGACUACAUUUUAACUUCUCAGAGUCAACAAAAGUGCCUAUCAGAGGCAAAGGGUUAUAUAGAUUUAUUUAAGAAAAUUCGGUUCAAUCACAGCAUUAAGACUAAUGCAAUUUUUACAGAAAGUACUGAGACAAGAGUUCACAUCCAUUCUGUGUUCCACUGUACUGCACUUAGGCAGAAUAUUGAAAUGUACUGACCGUUAUUUACCCUCCAUUCCUCUGUUGUGGAUGGUAUUGAAACAUAGAUUCAUAUUUACAUUCUUAUUGUGUCAUAUUCCUGUUGGAUUUCUACAAAUCGUUCAGUGGUUAUGCUAUAAUUUAUUCUUGUGAAGAGGAAGAAUGUUAUAAGUGACCUCCAUGUUGUUGUAGUGUACUAAAUUAAGUGUGAUAAUUGUUUCUUUUAGAAAUAAAGUUAAUGUUUUGUGCUCCA